AUGAGCAUGGGUCACCAUUCUAUCGAUACUGUUCAACGUGCGACAAUCAUCCACCACAAUGUACCGACACAAAGGUCACAACCCUCGUCCACACUGGAGCCACCAUCUCACGAGGAUAUAAGAAAUGUGAUUGACUUCUUGGUUAGUAGACUCGACUCAAACUUUGUCAAGUUGAUGUCGUUAUACGACAAGUUGAAAGAGGCAACAAGAGUGAAGACGGAGAAGGACGAAUUCUUCCAAUAUAUCUACACUCGAUUUUCCACAAUGGAGAAGGAGGCAGAGGACAAGAUUCAGCAGUACCGCAUGCCCUUGGUCAACUUGUUUCACAAGUACUACGAUGUUGUGUUAUUGGACAAAAGAAAGUUGGACCUACUCGAGAGUUUGUCAUCAGCGAGGCAGAAACAGGAUGCAUCCAAUGCGUAUGACAACUACUUUGACCACUGGGAUUACGAUUUGGCUGUGGAGGCAGCUCUAAACGAACACAAGAUCACAGACUCACAAUUGAUCAAGAAUAACCUCUUCGUUGACAACAUUCUACGCACAUUUGACAACAAGUUUACAAAGGACAAGUUGUUCGAGCACUUUGGAAUGCCACAUAGCCCGUUGACACGCACGGAUCUGAUUGUUGCUCAACUCAUUUGUGAAGCACAGCAAUCUGUCGAUGCUCACUUGAUUGCUGCUAAGGUUAGCUUGGGUUCUGCAGGGUUCAACGGGUGUUGUGGGUGGAUUCUUCAAAUAUUUGUUUUGGAAUCCAAGGUCCGACCCGUGAUGACCCUUUGCAACCUCCAACAUAGUAAUAGCGACCAAUUAAUACAUAUAUAUAAUACAACAUCUGAUGUCUGA